CAGUCAUGUACAAAUCGACUGUGAAGAUCUUGUCAGUAAAGGUGUGAGACUACCGACAGGGUCUCGGAAAACGUAAAACUUUCCAGAGUUUUCAAAUUGUCGUCACGCUGAGAAAACGGAAUAGUCGCGGCGGUUUCAAGAUCAUAAUAGCAAAGAAUUGGGGCUCUUCUGUUGCUAAUGAUACUAUAUAGAAUAAAUCUGACUAAACUGAUUUUAGUUUUUGGACUUUUCAGAGAUGAUUGCGCAGGUGAAGAGGUCUUUGCGCUCCUAGGUGGGCAGGCUGAACUAGAUCCCAAAGUGGGCCGUACGCAAAUCUCGAGCAUCACUUGGAAGUCUGGUUCACGCAAGGCAGCGGAAUGGGACGGUUCUGAUACUGAGGUGGAUUAUUAUAAGAUAUGUGAAAACAAAUGUGAACUGAAUAACAUCACCGGGGUGUUAAAAGUUAAAUUACUAAUGGCGGAUGAUAACAACAAUUAUUCUGUUGAAAUAAAUGGAAAAGGACCUCCAGCGCAUUUUCAGCUAACUGUACUCUCACCAGUCCCCAAACCCAGCAUCACUCACACGUGCAACGAGACAGCCUGCACCUUGUCCUGUGGUGGCGAGGAUGCCAAACACACUUCCUGGAAGUUCCUCUGGAAGGAAAAUGAAAAGGAAAGCAGCAGUGAAAGAGUGCUGACAGUUUGGAAGAGCGAUCACCUGAAUAAAACCUACACCUGCAUAUGCCGUAAUCCCCUGAGUGAAGCAGAGAGUGAGUCCAUCUCUGAGAAAGACUUGUUUCCCCAGAAUUCUCUGCAAGGAAAAAGCUGGAUUUUGACUCUUGCGGUUGCUUCCCUGGCAUUUGCCGUCCUGCUCAUCACUGGUGUUUCCCGAUACCGCAGAGUGUUGAGGCGCACAGAAACCAUGAACAUUAUCUAUGAAAAUACAAAGGAGCUCGGUGAUCAGAACCAUUUUGAUUCUGGUGUCACAGAAGCUAUGAACAUUAUCUAUGAAAAUAUAAAGGAGCUCGGUGUUCAGAACCAUUUUGAUUCUGGUGUCACAGAAGCUAUGGACAUUAUCUAUGAAAAUACACAGGAGCUCGGUGUUCAGAACCGUUGUCAGUCUGGUGUCACAGGAACGGAUGUGAUUUCUGUGGAUGACACCGUGAAGGGCUCUCGCAUUCAAAACCAUCAGUGCUCUGCUGUCACAGGCGAGAAACAAGCAGACUACAAUGCAGGUUGCCUGCGCACUCAAAAUUUCUAAGACAGCAGUACACAAGAACAAAGUGAAGCAGCAGACACUGGGAAUGGCCAAAAUCCAGCCAGGUAGAGGGCAGAAGUGACUCUCUAAUUCCAGAGAUGACAAUCAACUUAUCCGACAGUCUAUCAUGAAUCAGAUGGGAAACCUUAAGUGCAGCUGUGAAGUGCACUGCUAGGACAGUUCGUAUCAGGCUCCUAGAAGCAGGACUGAAGUCCCAUAAAGCAAGGAAGAAGCCCUUCAUUAAUGAGAAACAGAAGAAUCAGGCUGCAGCAAAAAAUACAUAUUAUUCACAAUACACCCAAAAUAUUGUGCUGUGGUCUCAAUUUGUUUCAGAGCUGCAUUAGUCUUCUAUUGCCUGCAAAAGAACCGGCUCCAUUGCCUCUCUCUCUCAAUGGGUCCAAACCCUAAUUCACCAACAGAUGCCAAAAUGCUCUCUAAACCACCUUGGUAAUUAUUUUUACAUUCUGAAUUUGUUUUUAUUUUUACUUAUGAUUUAUUUUUUU